AUGCUUUCCCAUCGCGCUCAGAAAAGCUUAAACUGGUUGGCCGAUGAAAUUCCCUCUGUCCCAGUAUGGCCGAAGGAUGUGCUUGCCAUGAACUCAGCAGAGAACUGGCUGUGCCGUCCAGAUCUUAUUCCGCUCAUGAAGAAAGCCAUAUCGGACAACCUUGAAGCGUCGCAUCUCUCUUACUCGAAGAAUCUCGGUGGGCCGCCGGAUCUUCUCGAGAAUGCAGCCUCUUUUUUCAACAGGUUCUUCAAUCCACGAAGUCCUGUCCUGCCCAGCCAUAUCGUCUGUGGUGCUGGCGCUGGGUCCAUCCUGGACUGUCUUGACUUUUCACUCAGCGAGCUUGACGAGGGCAUGCUGAUCAACGCACCAUGCUGGGAGGGCUUUGGGAUAGCAAGUAAUUUGCGAAAUGACGAUCGGUUGAUACCAGUCACGAUACCAGUUGGGAUCUCAUCCCCGGAGCAGCUCAUCAAGCUUUAUCUCAAGGCUAUGGAUGCUGCGCCAUGUCGCAUACGCGGUAUCAUCGUUUGCAACCCCAUGAACCCUUCUGGGCACAUCUAUCCUACCAGUUGGCUGGAAGCAAUCCUUCAGUUCUGCGAAGAGCAAGACAUCCAGUACAUCGCGGACGAGAUCUAUGGCAUGUCAGCGUGGGAACCACAACAAACAAAGACCCCAAAGCAGCUUUCUGAAAAAGGGCCAAUUGUUUUUGAGUCCCCAGAGACAAAGUUUACCUCCGUCUUAUCUUUGGAUAUGGAGCGACUUAAAGUAAACCCUGCCCGCGUACAUGUUGUCUACGCAUUGAGCAAAGACCUCGGUAGUAGUGGUCUCCGACUUGUACGAACAUCUACCCAAGCUCACAGCAUCUUGGCUAACCUCUCACAGGGCUUCCUUGUGACACAGAAAAACCCCGAGCUUCGCAAUGCGAUGGCCAUUCUGAACAGGUACCGAGUAUCCAAUGCCACCUCUGUGAUUGCCUCCAGUCUUUUCUCAGAUCUUUUAGUCCUAGAGCACAUUCUCGUUCGCAACAGAAUGCUUCUACGCAAUGCAGCACAGCUCGUUGGAGAUUUCCUAUCCUUCCACCACUUUGCCUUCUAUCGCCCAGUAGCAGGAGUCUUUAUAUGGACUCGUCUCGGUGGGGAGACAGCAACAGAGGUUUCUGAUGCACAGCUUAUGGAGAACUUUGCAUCUAAGAAGGUUUCUGUUGCUAGCGGUGUGCCCUUUCAUGCUACAGAUAGAGGAUGGUUCCGAAUCACGUUUACACUUCCUCGUGAGCAAUUGCUCGAAGGGCUGCGACGCAUAGAGAGGGCCAUGUCUUUAGAGCGCACAUGGAGACCCUCGAAUGAUAUGGAAGCCGUGGAGGUUGUGUCUGUUCGGAGGGAGAUGAAGCCCAAGGGCGCUGGAUGCAUGGUCAUGUAG